AUGCAAGAAAGCAAGCAAACAAAGGACAAAGUGUCAAAACGGCAAUCUACCGUGGUAGAGCCUGGCCAAUUCAAAGAGGAGAACCCAAUUUUGACUGGACAGGAUGGAUGGAUGGGCCUGGGUUGGAUGAUCCUGCCAAGUCUGCUGCGGUGCUACAGAAUUAGAGUUUACGCUAGUCCCAAUGUAGUGGACUUCUUCAUGGACCUUGUCCCCGCAAGGCCCAUCAGCAAGUUCGAGAGGGACCCCGAAUGCCGGCAACGACAGUGGAGAAUUACUGUAUCCAGCACCUGGUUGGGUUAG